AUUUAUAUAUGUGUGUGUUACAGGUAAAUGAUGGUGUGUGUAUUAGUUCCUCUCGUCUUGACUGUCCUCCUGACUGAGACGUCUGCUUCACUGUCAUCUUCAGGGACGGAGCAGGUCUUUUCAUGCCCACCUCGGUGGCUCCUGUUUGGGCAGAGAUGCUUCGCUUUCUACCCUGUGUGGAGCUCCUGGAGCACUGCCGAUUUAUUGUGCUCUCAGGCAGCUGGUAAACUGGCGUCGCUUCACACACCAAAGGAGAGACAGUUUGUCCGUCUGCUAGCAAACACACACACACCUGUGUGGCUGGGUGGAUACCAGGAACAGCAGAACUGGUUUUGGAGCGACAACUCCCCCUUCAGGAUGAGUGAUUGGACCAAGCAGAAGCAGGGAAAUAUCAGCGAGGGCGGAGCUUGCAUGGAAAUGGACCCAAUAAGUAAAAGAAAAAAGAAGGAAUGAAUAGAUCAAUAUAGUUUAUUAAUGGAUUAUUAAUUUAAAAUGAAAGAAAUAAUGUAUUACAACCAGAAUGGGCAUUUAUUAAAGUAAAUGCGUGUGAGAGCUGUCAGCUAUUAGCUGUGACUGCUACCAAUGCAGCUGCAAAGUACUGCUCCAUCAGCAAUUUAAAAUCCUUUAGAACUACCUACUAGGGCUGUCCCCAACUAAGGUUUUACAUAGUAAAUUGAAUCUGAAUCGUCAAGUCCUGCCUAUAGUCGACGGAUAGUC